GCAGGUUGGCGGCGUAACUAGUCCUGUAGCUUCUAACUACAGGACCUGCAAGUUACAGGCUGUAACUGGUAGCGAGAGGGAACGCAGCAGCAACCGCAUUGAUAUAAGCACGACGGCGAUGGGAAAGCCCAAGGCCACGAACGGCGGCAAGCUGUCGGAAAAAGACAUGGAGCAGCACCGUGAGUACAUGAAGAAAUACAAGAUGCAGUCAAGCGAUCUGGAUAAGCACGAAAUGCACUACAAGGACCACUACGAGCUGCUGAAUAUCUCUCGUGACGCAUCACACACGGAGAUUCGGAAGGCUUACAGAAAGCUGGCGCUUAAGUGCCACCCGGACAGGAAGCCAUCGCCCGAGGCAUUGGCACAGUGGGAGGGUGUGCCAACGGCAUAUGCGGUGCUAUCGAAUCCAAACGACCGUACCGAGUACGACGCCACCUUACCCACCCGCGACGCGCUCGUAGAGUUCUACCGUGCUUACAACCCGGCCAAAUUGGACAACGCUACCAUCGAUACCAUCAUCGACGGCUGGUACGGCCGCGAGGUUGAGCUCUUUGAGAUGCUCAAUGCCAAGUACGAGGUGGCACCGCACCAGGGCACCACGAAGGCUGUGCAACGCGCUGCUGCGAUGUCGAUGUCACGUGAGAAGGCGCACAAGAUUUCGACGGACAGCCAGACGUACAAGUCGAAAGACGCCACGAACACAGAGAUCACGUGGACAGGCACUAUCGGGUCCGUCUUCUGCUGCAAGGGCAUCUUCUCGCGCUUGUUCCGCACCACCUACUACGAAGUAGACACGACCAGUCCGGGGUUCCUGGCGUCCCACGGCGCCUCGGAUACGCCCGGCCAGACCAUGCGUAUGAAUCUUAAGUCCCCCGCGACACCGUCACAGCUAUCGCAGCCUGUCAGUCCAGACUUUGAGCCGCCUGGUGAUGCAGAUAACUCUUCCACGGCUACGACUGCCGACGGAUCGCCACCCAGUGGAGACGACAGCUGUGCAAGGUCAAGGAACGACUACAGCGCUUCACCUCCAGGCCCACGAGCGUCACAAGUGAACGUCGCGGCGGCUAGAUAA